AUGGCGCGACGUCGGACGCGCGACGGCGCGGCGCGCGUCGCGGUGGCGUGCGUCGCGCUCGUCGUCGCGCGAUCGGUGCGCGCGACGACGACGGCGUCGUGCGCGGCGAUGCUCGACGACGACGACGACGCGCCGCGGACGACGUACUCGAGCGCGCGGCGCGCGGAAUCGCGCGAGGUGCGGUACGGGACGUCGUGGAACGCGAGCGGGGAGACGCGGGCGCGGGAGGACGGGGUGACGCUGCGACUGACGGCGCCGCCGUGGUGCGGGAGCACGCGAGCGCUGGCGCUGGCGCUGGAGCGCGAACUGGCGAGCGAACCGAGCGGAGGGGCGAGAGUGCUGUGGGAACGACCGUGGAGGCCGGAGCGGGAGGCGACGGGGGGGGCGAUCGGGUCGUGGAGCGCGCCGCGGGCGGAGUUUGAGCUGGCGGACGCGAGCGGGACGCGCGUGCGAUACGGCGGCGAGUGGAGCGCGGCGGGUCUGGCGCGCGCGGCGAGGACGCUGAACAGGGAGACGAUGGGAAAGAACGAGAGCGUCAUGACGCUUUGGCCGUUCGUGCGACUGCGAGAUAAGUACGCGGUGGCUGAUUUUUUUGACAACGGCGCGGCGGAGCUGGCGGUGGUGGUGUUGGAUCCGUGCAAGUCGGCGGACGGGUGCGCGUCGACGGCGUCGAUGCGGCGACUUCGCGCGGCGAUAUUGGAGCGCAUCGGGUACACGCCUAAGAAUAGACUCGGCGUGUUGAUGGGCGCGGACGCCUGGCGCAUCGGUACGAAGCUGCUGGACGAGUUUGACCCGGACGACAUCACCGCUGUCGCCUUCGUUCGAGGCGCGUUGCACUCGGUAUGGAUGGGGAAUAGGAAGAACGAGACUUCGGUCGAGCGAUGGAUCGAUGAAAUCAAUAACGCGACGGUAUCCACCGUCGUGCGACGCGGAUUCUUCAGCCUGAGUGAGUUCAGCCCGGCGGUCGGCGCGCGGAAGUUGGCGAUGAUUUUUGCCAACGAAGCGAACGAAGAUUUAGACGCUUUAGGCGUACACAUUCAUCACCUCGUGGAUUCGAGUAGUUUAAACGCCACCGUGGGCGUGGUCGACACCAGCCGUGGGACGUGGUUGCUGUGUCAAAUCACCGAUAGUUGCGACGAUUCCGGGGACGACGAGACGUCGCGGAUUCAAGUCGCGCUGAUCGACGUCGAAGAGGACUCUAUUCAAACGGUAAACGUGUCCCCGCUUCCCGAUGGCGCGCUGUCGGAGACGCGACCAUUCACGCGGUCGGCGCGAAGCGUUCCCAAAACGCCCGCGGGCAUGACUCCGCCUCGCGUGCCGCACAUCGCGCGCAACCAACUCGAUCACAAAGCUGCGCAAACGAUGGCGCUUCGACGACAAGGGAAGUUUUCCGUGCUCUUCUCCUCGUCCGCGUGUGCGUUCUGUCAACGCUUUCUUUCGCUGCUCAACGCGGCGCUGGGCGAUCUGGACUACCGCGCGCUCGUCGACGGCACACAAACCGCUCGAGCGUUCCAAAUCGACUGCGCCGUCAACGACUGCCACGACAGCUGGGACGCCGAAGCGCAAUCACUCGUCGGACGCGUCCUGCGCUACCCAACCUUG